CUACAUGUUUUACACGUCCUUCCUGAUAUCGGCGCUGACCGUGAACAAGGUCAGCCUGCCCUUCAGAGACCUCCAGGGGAUGUUCGAGAAGAAGACCCACACGUUCGGUUUCCACGGCGGCGGGUCUCUCUGGAGGAUUUCUUUAAGACAUCCAGUAUACAGGUAAACAAAAACAUCUGGACCGAGAUGGUGCUUCCCAACCCGCACAGCCUUCAACAGGCCAGGACCGGCCUACAGCAGGUGCUGGAGGGUCGCCAUGCCUUCAUGACCAACAAAGUUUUUUUCCUGAGUAAGUAUUUUCACUGCGGCUUCUACAUCCUUCCGGGCGACUACUUCCUCGUCGCCAAGACCUGGCCGAUGCGCAGAGGUUCCCCGCUGUUCCCCGUCUUCAACCACCACAUGAUCGCGAUGGCGGAGUCGGGUCUGGUCGUCAAGUCGUCCCGGAGGUGGAUGCCUCGAGGGGCGUCGUGCGAGAGCAGCAGCGUCGACGCCAUCGGCCUCGCCACCGUCAUGACGGCCUUCCUGCUGCUGGGGUCGGCCGCGGCUCUGGCCUCGGGCCUCGUGCUGCUCGAACGCCUCUCCUUCAGCAAAGGCCCUUAAAAAACGUAUUAUAUUGCAUUAUUUCCCCCUUCGUCCCUUCUUCACUGCUGCCUCUCGGUUCGAUCUGGAAAUGCAGAGUCUUUCGAAUCAUUUUUAAAAAGCUCGAACGCCUCUCCUUCAACAAAGGCCUCUCCUCACUUCUGUUCCCUCAGAAACUUCAUCUUUGAAGAUAGAACAACCAGGGACUGAACGAUUGGAGCAACUCUAGCACAUAUUCAGCUUUCGUGUGUGGUUGUAAACAAUUAUAGCGAGCUCAGUUCAUAGUGAAACAAAUAAAACAACAAAAGGCUGAUAAAUGCACUAAUUUCUUGCAAUUUCUUUGUUGACAAGCAUGAUUUUCAGCUACGAUUCCACGAAUUAGAAUGAAAGUACGAAAGUACGUUCCCGCAUGUAACUCUAACUUACUUUAGAAUUUUAAUUCCUAUAU